AUGGUGAAACAGAAGCAGCUGACUGUAAAACGAAAAGUGUUUAAAAACGAAGUUUCUAGUGAGAGUUCGGGAAAUUAUUUCGAUUCAGACGAUAGUGUAAAGGACCAAAAUUAUUAUCCUGAUGUUGGCAGCUCUGAUUCUUUGACGGAUGACGAUUUAUCGGCAGAAGAAAAUAAUAAAAACGAUGAAGAAGUAAAAAGAUUAAAAACUCAACGACACCUUCAUCAUAGGCGAGCAGCUGCCAUGCAGAACAGCUUGAGAGAGGAAGUGGAAUCAGCCAAAACUAAUGGCGGUAAAAUUGUGCUUACUUUUGACUUACAAGAAACACUUCCUACACCAAGUUUAACUGUUGGUCCUGCCUUUUAUUUGCGAAAGGCUUCGACUUAUAAGCUAGGUGUCCAUGAUUGCGUAGGUGUAAAGGCAACCAUGUUCAUGUGGCCGAAACAACAGCGAAGCGAGGUAGUGAAGAAAUCGCUAGUAUCCUGCUAA